CCGGACUUGCCCCUGGUCGCACCAUACCCGAGGCCCAUGCCAUCCCAGGGCCUAUGCUGCUCCCCCCGGGGCCUAGCGAUCUCCUUCGCCAGCCGCGUGGUCCGGGUCCGACUUCCGGUGUCAACGCCAUGUUAGUGACGUCACCGGAAGCGGACAUCGGCACUUCCGGCUUGGCAGAUUCCCGCGCGGUCGCAAGGACAUCGGCUCCCGGGGCAACGCCACUUGCAGGUGAGCACCGAGAGCCGUCCUUGGCCGUUGGCGGGUUAUCAGUGGGGGGUCGGAGGGGCAUUAGCAGCGCAAGCAAACUGCGCAAGCGAACGGCACAUUUGAACGUUAAUCCUCAGGGGCAUCAAAGGGGUCGCUCCAUCAUAAGAGGUAGUACCAGGCAGAUAGCCAGUGAUAGGGGUAGGGGGACACGCAGAGUUAACCCUUCCAGGGCAAUGAGGCCAUUACAGUUUAUACAAAUGGGAGAUAACGCAAAUGCCGUUCAGCAGGCCGCUCCCGAUAUUAUUAACCCACACAGGGCUGAUAGUGGUUUAGUGCAAGCGGCCGCUCAGCCGCAUGAUAUUGUGUCUAAUAAUAGCCUGCAUGUGAAUCAAGGCAAUGUUCAAAGUAUGCAUGUUAAUCAAAACAUUGAGCAUCAUUUACCGUCUCAUCAUUUACCAUCCCCCAUUGGUGUGAAUGCGGCUUUGAAUGGUGUGAACGUACAAGCAGCUCCUCAGGGAUAUAAUACACCCCUGGUUGGCAUACAUAAUGCGAAUGUGCAAUCUUUAAGCCAGCUACAACAUCCCAUUAUGUUAGGCAUACAAGGAGUACAACCCCUUGAUCAGGGUAUCCACUCCCCCAUUGCAGCCACGCAGGGCGCUCAUGCACACUCAUUAAACCAUGCACAAUCAAUAAGCCAGGCAUGCCAUAACCCUAUUGUAGACCAGCAGGGUGUGAAUGCUCAGACAUCUGCGAAUGGACAGUCAGUGAGUCAGGGAUUUCAUACACCACUUCAUAUAGCUCAUCCACCCCUUGCUACUGAUAAUCCAGACACAUCCAUUGGGCAAAGUGCUCGCCAAAUUCUUUCUCUUUUGCAGGGGGCAAUUGGAUCACAAAGUGCAGCAAAAACUCGGACCAACACUGCCACAGUCAUGAGUGGGGCGGAUGCAGGAGUAACAGGCAGCAUUACAGCAGGAGCAGCAGCCACCACUUCCACUGCACAGCAAGGGUCUUCAGGACUCGCCCUCCAAAACCAGCCAGCAGGCCAGCCCGUUUCCAGCAUGGGUCAGGGACCUCCUGCCAUUAGUCACGCUCGUCCUUCCUGGAUAGCCUUACUGCCGUUGGUCCGCUCCUCCUUAGCACCAUCCACUUGGCACGCCUAUGCCCGCAUGUGGUCUGAAUGGGACAAUUUCUGUGCGUCCAGGGGAGCCGACGCUGCUCAGGGGUCUAGGGACAACUUACAUGAUUGGCUGGCACUACCCCCGGGGUGAAGCGAAUCUGGAUUGUGGGCCACUCCUUUGUCCACUGGGCCUCCCUACGCUGUGCGUCCCUCCCAUUUGGCCAAUCCCUAGGUCUCCCUACCAACAAGGCAUCCGUUAGGUGGUUGGGUGAUAGGGGGAUGUGCUGGCCCCAAUUAGCAGGAACCAUAUCUGAGGCCCUGGUACGCUGGGGGAAGCCUCACAUUAUUAUUCUUCACCUAGGGGGUAACGAUGUGGGGGCCAUACCAGUUUUACAGUUGAUUAAGGUUAUGCAGGCAGACAUUGGGUGGCUAAGAGUACGCAUCCCGGGGGUCAUGAUAGGGUGGUCCCAUAUAAUACCCCGUCUCCACUGGAGGCAUAUGUCGGCCCAUACGGCGGCAUACCGGGUUAGGAAGAAGAUCAAUGCGUCUGUAGCGAAAACCGUCACUGGGUCAGGUGGCUUCGUGGUACGGCACGAAGCCAUUUCGGCUGAUAGAACCGAGCUAUAUAGAAGGGAUAAAGUUCACCUUUCUGAUGUGGGGCUGGAUUUAUUCAUAGGGGACAUUCAGAGAGCUCUGUUACCCCUCCUGUAAAUCGGGUUGUGGGUUGGCGGCAAGGGUACCAUUAAAAUGCUUCCUUGUGGCGGGAGAUCCUCGGUCCGGUUGCGCAGGAGAAGGUCGCUAGGGGUGAGUGAUGGCCAGACUUCCGGGGAGGAGGGUAGGCCCUCACGUGCACGUGACGGUAACCCUCCUUCCUCCCUUUUGAGGGAUGGUCACGUGAUCUCUGCAACCCCUCAGCGUCAUCUCCUUAGGGCAGAGACCCCUCUGCUGCUGUUCCCGUUGGGCCGGUGAUCUCCUGCUGUUCUGGGUAGCUGAUCUCUAUGCCGCCAUAUAUAUUUUCAGUUCUAUCAGUUCUAUCUAGUUUGUUAGGUUAAUAAAAUUUUAUGGCCUGUGACGGUCACAACAUUUUUCCCAUAAAA